AUUUGUUUCACUGCGGCAAUCUCUUUCUGUCUCUCUCUUUCUUCGUAUCCCUUUACAUUAUGACCAUACGUUCUUCAUACAAACAAGAUAUAUUAGACUUGAACUAUUGUCUUUUCAAUCAAGCAGCAGCUACAACAUUGAUACGCAAUGAUAGUGUCAUGAUGGUCAAUCCACGCAACCCUGGACAUCAACAAUCCAAUCUCUGCUGUCGGAUACGUAUUGACAAAGAAGAUCAAUCCGCUUUUGAUACCUUUUUACAAGCGACAAUGGACCGGUUCCUGCGUUUAGGUUUACAACCAAGGUAUAUUGUAGAUGAAUUAGCAACGCCUUCACUGGAUACUUUGGCGACUUGGUUCAAGAACAAUAAACAAUAUACAUUUCAUGUUGAACGUGAUACGGAUAUCAUUAUGUCCUGUACUUUUGAAGAUUUCAAGAAGAUAAAAAAAAAUAAUUCAUCUAUGGUACGCAAGGCAACAUUGGAAGAUGUAGAAGAAUUGACACAAUUGAUAGGCGCAGCUUUUGGAUACAAUAAUGAUAAUACAUGGUUACGAUACAAGCUCACGACUCAAAUCAAUGAUCCACAAACACAGAUUUAUGGCCUUGUUGAAAAUGGACAACAGUUUCUAAGUGUCGCUAUUUUGAAUGCACCAGAUGGUCUUCCUGAUUUGAUCCAUGUCAACGUCUGUGGUACUCAUCCUGAUCAUCAACGAAAAGGGUUAGGUCUGAUAUGUCUUCAACAAGCGUUAGGACAAGAAUUACAACAAGGACAAACUGCUUAUUUGGAAGUAUAUGAUGACAUUGUACAUGCUCAGCGUAUGUAUGAAAAAUUAGGAUUCAAGGCUCAAGGUACUAUGGAUUCAUUGACGGUCACCCUCCCUCGACAAUAGAUUGGAUAUAUAUAGAGAGAGAGAGUUUAGUUAGACAAAUGAAAAUAGAUGUAUACUUUGUUGAUCUUAUUUUUGAUAUUAAUAAAUAAAAAUAUAUAUGUAUUUUAUUUAUAUCAUAUAUGAUAUUUAAAAAAAA